GGAAGGCACUAGUGCCACAUUUAAAGAACAUCACUCGCAAUGACCGGAAGCGCAAGACACUGGUUACUGUGAAAAGGUAAUGCAAACGACAAUCGCAAGCAAUUCAGCAUAAAACGCACAGAGACACCUGAUUCGCCGGUACUCUGAGUAGGCUAACCUUGAGUGCAGGUGACGCCAUACACGCGGAACGCCCCCAGAAACAUUCCAUCACCACCCAUCAUGUUCAUGUCGUCCAGGCUAUUUGGUGAAGCCCUGCACCUUCUGAAUAUCCCGCGCCUGCCUCCUCUAGGAGGCUUAGGCAUGGGUAGUGUGGGCAUGGGUGGUGGCAGCAAAGGCUUCUUCAGACCAAGUCACCGAUGCAUCAGCCUCACUCACAAUGGAAAAAGUUCGGCAGCCUUGGAAUUGGAUUUUGGGAACCACAAGACAGCCUUCAGACACAAGACAGCUAGAGAGCUGCUCCGAGGACUGGUGGUGCUCUACGCCUGUGCUAUCGACCCUUUGGUCAACCAUAGCUACAAGUUACUGACGCUAGGAGAGCGGGUGCUGGGGGAGAAGUUGCUGGGCUUUUUGGUGGCACCCUUCUAUAACCAGUUCGUGGCUGGUGACUCCGGGAAAGAGCUGGGCGCCGUCAGCAGGCGCUUGGCCAGCGUCAACGUCAGAUUGAUGGUGGCACCCAUGCUAGAGACGGAUGUGGGCGAGGGCCAUGAUAUAAAAGAAAUGUACAUCAAGAAUUUGAACAAGACGUUGAACUUAAUUGAACUAAGCCACCAACACUCUACCUUGAGGGGCACCAGACCCAUCUGUCAGACUAAGAUUACUGCUCACCUAACUGCUGAUGUUCUGGCAAGAGUGUCGACGGCCUACCAGUCUCUGAGUACUGAGGGGCGGGUAGCAGCCGUGGCAACCACAGCCAAGUUGCUAGCACAGGCAGGGAAAGAACAUCCUGCAGCCUCCAGCUGUGUUCAGGCACUCCAGCCACUGAUCCUGAGUGACGCUGACGCCGAAGAGCUCAUCCUCUCCCUCCCUCGCCUCUAUAAACUCGGAGAUCGGUGUGUGGCUCUGGGAGUGGUACUAGCCGUGGACGCUGAGUAUACAUACACCAACCCGGCCAUCAACUUGCUCACCCUCGCCAUGAUGAAGGUCUUCAACUGCUCCUCCACUCCCAUUAUUUGGAACACCUACCAGGGCUACCUCAAGAGAGGUCGUGAGAACUUGGAACACGACCUUCAUGUAGUCCAGGCCCUGGGGGCCGAAGUAGGCUUUGGUGCUAAGUUGGUCCGUGGAGCCUACCUGGAACGUGAGAGGUCACAGGCACAGCUCCAGGGCUACCCUGACCCCGUCAAUGAUACCUAUGAGAACACCAACGCUAUGUAUGACAGCAUGGUGAAGGUGAUGUUGCAGGAGGUUGCAAGGAAGCGAGAUAGGAGAGCAGUGGUGGUUGCGACCCACAACGAGGCUUCAGUUAAGCAUGCAGCUGCCACGAUGGAACGACUGGGUAUUGAACCCCUGGAGGGCAGUGUGGUGUUCGGCCAAGUAUAUGGCAUGGCUGAGAACAUCUCCGUGCCCCUAGCUGCAUCAGGGUUCUUGGUGUACAAGUCGGUCCCAUCUGGAAGUAUGUUGGAGGUGAUGCCAUAUUUAUCAAGACGUGCUAAUGAAAACAGGGCGGUGUUGCGUGGCGCAAGGAGGGAGCGACAACUUCUUUCUGAAGAACUUCUGUCAAGGCUUUCCUUCUUCCGUUGACAUAUAGGGUGAGGGGAGUGGUGAAGAUAACAUGAAGUGUGAGAGAAGUGGAAUGAUUUUUUAUUUUAAUCAGGGGGAGGCACUAAAUGAAUAAUGGUCAUACAGUGCAAGGAAAAUGCGAGAAUGAGAUUCAAACAAGAGUUCCUCACUGGAAUCGAGGAACCUUGCUAGAGGGACACACCUUUUUGUGAACCUCUGGAUGGGUUAUCUUAUGACCUUGGUAACUAUCAUUCCAUAUUAUUAAUAACAUUAUUUUUCUAUUAAAGUGAUAAACCCUGUAGUUUUCUUCCCUCUCUAUUCCUAAAUUUGUAAAUAUCACGACAGUGAAUCUAUGUAUUUAUGGGUAAUGCUAAAUCACUAGGGUUCAUACAGUGCCUAGAAAAUGAGAAAUGGAAAACAGUUAGGGUUGAUUCAAGAAAGUGGAUGGUAGCUGAUGUUAAAUCCCGAUACUAAAUUUUUUUUACAAUACAUAUAUGUGUUGCGGUUUUAUUAGUGUAAAUUUUUUUGCAAUAAAAGAUGCACUUAUAA